CCAGCUGGGCACUCAUUGCACCUUCCUGCCACCCUGGGCAGUGUCUGGGUCCUCAGCUCCCCCUCCCUCCACACACCACCACUGGCCCACCGCCAGCGGCCCCCGGGAUACCCAGCCCAGGCGGAGGAAACACCGAGCCUAGAGACAUGGGAGUUCGAGGAGCAUUCCACCUUCUACUCGUGUGCCUGAGCCCAGCACUGCUGUCUGCUGUGCGGAUCAACGGGGAUGGCCAGGAGAUCCUGUACCUGGCGGAAGGUGAUAAUGUGAGACUGGGCUGCCCCUACAUCCUGGACCCUGAGGACUAUGGUCCCAAUGGGCUGGACAUUGAGUGGAUGCAGGUCAACUCAGACCCUUCACAUCGGGAGAAUGUGUUCCUUAGCUACCAGGACAAGAGGAUCAACCAUGGCAACCUCCCCCAUCUGCAGCAGAGGGUCCGCUUUGCAGCCUCAGACCCCAGCCAGUAUGAUGCCUCCAUCAACCUCAUGAACCUGCAGGUAUCCGACACAGCCACCUACGAGUGCCGGGUGAAGAAGACCACCAUGGCCACUCGGAAGGUCAUUGUCACCGUCCAAGCACGGCCUGCGGUGCCCGUGUGCUGGACUGAGGGCCACCUGACACACGGCAACGACGUGGUGCUGAAAUGCUUUGCCAAUGGGGGCACUCCGCCUCUCUCCUACAAGUGGGCCAAGAUCAGUGGGCACAGCCGCCCCUACCGUGCUGGGUCCUACCAUUCACAGCAGAGCUUCCACUCUGAGCUCUCUUACCAGGAGUCCUUCCACAGCAACCUGAAUCAAGUUGCAGGCCUGAGCAAUGGUGACCUGGUGUUGAACGACAUCUCCUACAAGGAUGACGGGCUGUACCAGUGCACAGUGGCCAACCAUGUGGGCUACAGCGUGUGUGUGGUGGAGGUGAAGGUCUCAGACACCGGGCGCAUAGGCAUCAUCAUCGGCGCAGUGCUGGGCUCUUUGCUCAUACUGGCCUGCCUGUCGGUGGGCAUCUGGGGGCUCAUCUGCUGCUGCUGCGGCGGCGCCGGGGUUGGCGGCGCCCGCGAUGCCUUCGGCUACCGCAACGGCGGCGGCGGCGGCGGGGUCGGCGGAGGGGCCUGCGGCGACUUGGCUAGUGAGAUCAGAGAGGACGCCGUGGCGCCGGGGUACAAAGCCAGCGGGCGCGGCAGCCGCGUCACCCAGCUCCUGGGGUACCCGACGCAGAACGUCAGCCGCUCCCUGCGCCGCAAGUACGCGCCUCCGCCCUGCGGCGGCCCCGAGGACGUGGCCCUGGCGCCCCUCCCCGCCGCCGCCGCCGCCGCCUGCGAAGCGGGCCCCUCCCCAGUCUACGUCAAGGUCAAGAGCGCCGAGCCAGCCGACUGCGCCCAGGCGCCGCUGCCGGGCAAGGACGGCCUCUUUGUGUGAGCGCGCCGCGCGCCGGGCUGCGCCCCGGCCGGGAGGAGGGCGCGGGGCUCUCUGCCUGCACCUGGGGACGCUCUCGCGCCGGCGCUGACCUCGUCUGCCCCGGGCCGCUCGACGGCUGGGGGACUGAAGGCAUUUCCCUCGGGCAAUGAGUAGGGAGGCGGAGCCCCCUUCCCCGAAGUGGGAGAGGGCGGGGGAAAGCAGAGAAAGGCCAUCGAGAGCCCUCUCCGUACGCCCUGGGAGCUGGAGGGAGGAGGAGGUGUGCGAGCGCUUGAGGCUGGAGGCCGGGUGUCCCCAGCCAAGGCAGAGGGCCCCGGGGGCCAGGUGGGUGGGGGUCUGGACUGAAUUGUUCUGUGUGUGAGAGCUGAGCUCCGAGGCAGCAGUGUUAGCACAAUAAAAAAACUGUAAGACUUGA